AUGAUAUCCAAUAAAUCGUUUCUCCUCUUUCCUAUUCUUGCGAUCCUAGUUCAAGCGAUUCCUAAACCUAUACCUGAACCUGUACCAACAGAAACAGGACCUUUAUUAGAUAAAUCAUUCACUUUGAAAACAGUCGCCAAGGUGGCUAUUUCGGUCGAUGAAACUGGAGGUACUAAUACUAUCUUUGAUCAAAGUAAAUCUACAUCAGCAGCAGUAACUACUAAUUCUAAUACCGAUACUGAAUAUCCAAUCACUAACAUUGAAUCAUCAAUCACUAACACCGAGGCGUCAAUCACUACCACCAGAACUUCAACUACCAAUAUUGAGUCUGCAGUUACGACUAAAACAUCCGAUACAAAUGACGCUUCAUCAGAACCCACUUCUACUAAUACUGUACUAUCGACAUACGAUCUGACCAAUAAACACGAAAAUGGUGAUACACCUCCUUCAUCAUCAUCUUCUACCACCGGUCCCUCUAGCGGAGAUCCAUCUUCAACGGAUGACCCAACUUCAUCCUCAGCCAGUGGAAGCCAAACCAACAUGCCUGCUACGAUCACCAGUUCCGGAUCAAUUACUGCUCAGGGAUCAAGUGCGACUGCACAGCCUGAAUCGGGAGGAAGUGCAAUUUCAGCGAAUCCAACAAUUUCCAAUAAUCCAUAUGGAGUAGGUGCUCCUCCUGCAACAAACAUCAACUGUACUUUUGUUCAACAGGAGUGUAUCAAUGAUAAUCAAUACAGGAUCUGUACAUUUGUCGUUGAAGAUACAUUAGGUUGGAUAUAUAACAACUGCUCUACCUCAUGUACCACCAACGAGACUGGUCUUGUAUGUGUUUGA